CAGGGUGCGUGGAGAAAGCGCUCUGUGGUGCGCUCACUUUCCUCCGUGCUCCUGUCAUCGCACCAUCUCUUCAUUUGGUGGGUCCAGCCGGUCACUUUUGGAAAGUUGUCUCCUGAACCUUAACAUGACUGCGCGGCAUUUGUUUUGGAUAUCCGGAGCUUUGGCCGAGUUAACCAAAAACGCGCCCCGCCUUUGUUGGAACAUCUUUUUAAAUAUUUACAAGUUAUGUCCUCUGUGACUGGAAGAGGGGAGAGGUUUUCUGCUGCCGUCCGAGGAGCGCACUGGAGCGCAGAAGUGCAGCAUCACUGUGACUCCGGCGGCUUCCCUGGCUUCAUCAGUCGGAGACAGUGCCAACAGGAGGAGCGCCCCACUCCCGAGGGCUCCGGGGGGCCCAGGGACGAUCCAGGUCGGAAUAUGUGCCAGAGAGCGGGCGAGGUCCCGUCCUACAAGUCCCUCCCGGGGUCGCUGGGAGAACGCAUAAGGAUGUCUUUUGGAAGUGGGACAACUUGCAGGGGCGCAGCGUCGGCUCUGCAUCCCGGCUCUGGGAGGUCCGAUCGGAAAGUUGCGUGCUGCGAGAAGUGCUCCGCGGCUCUUGUUGCUCUGAAGAAGCAAGCUCUGAGUCUGGCUGUCCACCAUCACUUCUCCUGCAAGGAAACAAGCGACCUGUCAGCCUUUCUUCACGACAACCUCCGUGUCCACGGCCAUUCCAACGUGGAGCCCAGGAGCAGAGAGAGGGAGCUGGGCCAGUGCGGAGCCUGCGGUGCUAGCCUGAACCAGCUCAAGCAGGAGGCCAUCCUCCUGGCGCUGAGUCGGGGCCAGUCAUUAGCUAAGCCUCCUCCUGCAGCCAGCCUCAGCGCCGGCGCAGUGCUGGGACACAGUGGGACAAAGCAUGGAAACAGGUUCUCCAGGGAGGCUGUACAGCAGCAGCAGCCACCGUACGGUCAAACACACAGCCCGCACAGCCCACGGAGCCCCAGGACGCCCCAGAGGACUCCUCAAACCCUCAGACGAAGGGGGCCCAAGCUCCCCAACCCCGAUAUGGACCGCUGGGUGGAGGAGCAGCAGCAGCUGGUGGCCUCUAAAUCAGUGUCCAAUCCAGAUGGUGUCACCAUGAAUUCUCACCAUCAGAAGGCCAACGAUGCCAUGGCGACCUGCGGUGAUGCUGGGGCUGUUCAGACAACCUCCAAGAUCCCUCACAUCUCCAGGGUGGUGACCAUCGCCAACACUGCUGCCAUGUCCCUUUUGGCCAGGGCGGCGGAGAAGCUCAGCCUGACGUUGAGGAAAAAGGGCCAGGCCUCGGAUCCAGCUCCCUCCAAUCACUCCACCUGCUUCAGGGAGAUCGUCCAGAAAAGCCCGCCGCCGCUCCCCCCCUGCUUGCUCCAAGCUGCCGCUAGAAGCAGAGACUCGCCCGACGUUGGCAAGGUCAAAGUCGUGCUGAGGGUGAGCCGGCUGCUGUCGGAGAGCCACGGCCAGCCACCUGUCCUUCGGAUUGACCCGUCCAGGAAGAGAGUCACCAUAGUGGAUCCGCUCACCAAAAACCUAUCGCACAGCACGAUGACUCUGGGCCGGGAAAGAAAACGUCCCCUGAAGACCUUUAACUUUGAUGCAGCUUAUUCUCAGGAUUCAGGACAGGCUGAAGUGUGCGCAGGCGUCUUGGCUGAUGUCAUCCGCUGCGUCCUCAGCGGCAGCGAUGGAUGCGUUCUGGGCUUAGGAUGCGCUGAUGUGGCAUCUUGGUCCAGCAUGGUGGGGAGCGGCGACAACCUCCAGAAGCUCGGCCUGAUUCCCUGUGCCAUCUCCUGGCUGUACAGCGCCAUCGAGCUCCGCCGGGAGAAGACGUGGACCGAUCUGACGGUCUCAGUGUCCGCCGUCGAGCUCUGCUGCGGCGAAGAGGAUACCUUAAGAGAUCUGCUGGGGGAGGUGGUCCCCUCGCCGGGCGGCGUAACGGGCAGCCCAAAAGCCCACAUCAAAGUCACGGAGGACCCAGUCAAUGGGAUACAGUUACGUAACCACAACCGUGUGAAGGCUCCCACGGCGGAGCGAGCGGCUUCCCUCCUGGACGCAGCCAUCGCAGCACGUCGUCACACCGACUUUAUUACUUACCUGUGUCACAGCUCUGUGAUGUUCUUCACCCUUUACGUCCAGCCUCCUCGUACUGAAAGCAGCACCAUUGGAAAAGGUUCAAGGGGAACCACUAAGUUGACCUUAAUUGAUGUGUGCAGUGGGAUGAGGGGUGUGAGCAAAAAUAAACUUCCUCAUUCUGACUUGGGCCCUAUUGUGUUGGCUCUGCUAAGCGGACAUAAAACCAUCCCCAGCAAGUCUAGUAAGCUGGCGAUGCUGCUUCGGGAAUCCAUGCCUUCAAGCUGCCACAUUGCUGUGAUUGGCCAAGUUGCUGACUCAUUAGCACAUCUUCAAGAGUCCUUCUCUACCAUUCAGCUGGCUUCUCGCAUUCGUAGGACACAAAAGAGGACAAAGCAGUCUACAUCAUGCUCGCCUUGUGGACGGAGUUUGACCAAAGAUAAAAAAGGUCCUCAUUCUUUGGCCCUGCGGGCCUUCCACUCCACAGAGGAGGUGGAUGUGGACGUUCGCUCUUUCCGACUACGUGGAGAGCUCUAUCGUUCUAGUAGCGACCAGUCCUGUGACACCGUCAUCCAGAUAAAUUCGGACGGCUCAGUUCACUCUAAAGCUGCUCCCCUGUUGGCACAACCUGAGUUUGUGCCAAUCAUACCGUCCUUGCAGCCUAACAAGUCCGACUUGGAUGACCCAGAGUUUACAGCUCUUCUCCAGGAGCUUCUGCGAAUUCCUCAGCUGCAUGGAGAAAAUAAGACAGGGGAAACUGCACAGAGGGACACCGAAGGACUCAGAGCGGAAGGGAAACCACGAGAGAGAGAUUGUCUUAAGUGUGACACCUUUGCCGAACUUCAAGAACGUUUGGGCUGUAUUGAUGGAAGUGAAGUGACAAUGGAAGUCCUCAAGUCUUCAUUGAAAGGUGCUACUCUUAAGCAUAUUUUAACCAAAACUCAGCCCCAGAAGGAAAUAUCUAAAGCUCCACAGACAUUGUUGAAUGUUGGUAAAGGCUGCGGUCAGGCUUCUUUUGGGGAAAAGCAAACAGAUGGCGCGCUCCCCGAAGACAGCUUUCAGAGAGAGGAUUCGGGUCUGUUUGACUGCGAGGAGUGCAUUGCAAACAGUUCCAGUGAAGAACUGAUGAAUCAAGCUCUGGGUCUUAGCAUGACAUACCCUUCUGAGCUACCUAAAACUGGAGCUGUUAAGUCAGGUAACAAUGUCCCAUCCAAGUGCUUUAAAGCAACUUCUCAGAGCAAGGCUGCCACCAAUUUGUGUGAAAAUCAGCCGCAGGAAAAACAGGAGAACCACGAAGCUGCCGACUGGUUCAAAACAGAUAAAAGGGCUUCACCUAUCGGUAAAAGCUCUCCAAUAUCUCCUUCGUCCUCAUGUUCCUCUUCACACUCUAUGGCUAAAAGUGUUGUAAUCGGAGACCACAAUGCAAAGGAUAGUAAGGAAAUGAAGGCCACUAUAACAGUGACUGUUCAACAGCCGUUGGACAAAAUGGGUCAAGAUGAACUCGUCUUCUCGAUGGUAGAGGAAGUGACCAUCAGUGGAGCAUAUGACAGCGGGGCCACAGGUGGAAACAUCAUUUGUAUCAGAGACCCUGCCCAAUCACAAGAGCAAGGUCAAACCUCUGCUAGCUCUCAGCGUAUCAGAAUCAUUGGCGAUGUCAGUGAGGACGCUUCAGGUGCCGCGUCCGCUGUUGUUCAGUCCGCAAACACGGGUCCAACCAAUGAAAAGGCGCAGUGUCAGUUCAAAAGAGAAAACAGGUUCUUGCCUUCUUUCAUUAAUCCAAUGUUGAUGAAUACACAUUUGGACUGUGACCUAGAUGGUGCCAAAGAAAAGAGGAGUACAUUUGAAACCUUUAAUGGCUCAGACUCAGCUUCUGACCUCAAAAGAAAAAACAUUAGUAAUCCAGGGGCCAAUAAUAAAGAGAAGCAGAGUCAGAGUUGUGCUUCUGAGAUUCAUCAUCUUAAGAAAACAAGUGGCCAAAGUUCUUGCGGCCAACUAGUCUCGAAAGAUGAGUUUUUUUGCAACAAAGCUUUGGAACACAAAAUGUGUGAAAAGACACUUGAAAACACAAAGAAAGGCCGCCCUCAAGAUUGCAAGCAUGCGUAUUAUGCGCACAAUCACAAGGUCUCAGAGGGCGUAGACAUUGCCCGCAGGCAAGUUGACAGCAACCACAAGAGAACUGGUGUUUCUCCUGGUUGCUAUGAAACCAUGCCUGGUUUCUCCGUAACAGGUAGCCUACCAAGGGGCUGGCAAAAUCCCAACCACAGAAAGACCCCCUCAAGGGGGGUGACAUCAUCUACUCCAUGCAGCCCCGGGGAAACUCUGGACAGAAGGCACGGCAGACGGCAGUCUUCUGAAAACCAUUACCUCUACACCUUGUCUCCACAAACAUCUAUCCCAGAGGUCAAACAAGAAAAACUCGGAAAAGGAAAUGGAUCUUUUUUCACCUCAGGUCCAACAAGGAAGCAUGAUAAUACAAGCAGCAGGCAUAGGUCGCCUGCCGAUAAUAGCAGUAGGCUUUUUAAUAACAAACUAGAGCAGCUGGCGAGAAGGACUAAUUCCCUUGGAAGAACCCCGAGAGACUUUCCAACCAUGGAAAAGGGCAGUAGUAACACAUCUAUGAGCUCCAAGGAAAGCUCCAAGGGAAGCAAUGAAGGUGGUUGUAAAGCAAGCUGUAAAGAGAACUAUGAAGGUGAUUGUACCUUUCCAAGGGCCAAUAGGAGCCCAAGGAGAAAUCCCCGCUCUGAUCAUAGUCAUCACUACUUUCAUACUGAAAAGAUUCAGUAUGCUGAGACUUCUCAUUCCAAGCUCUCCGCUUUCGGAAAACAUAAGACGGCAAGUCCCAAAGUUUGUCGGCAGUCUUCCCCAGGCAUCAAGAAGCUCAAUGUGUCCCACAAAAGUCUGCAACAGUCUAGCCGCAGCGCCAGUCUGUCACCAGACAGCAAAAUGGUUAGCUUUGAGCGAACAUCCUCGUUUUUCUCCUCCUCUCCUCCACGAUCUCAUCGUUCUAUCAGUCGGACUCCAAGCCAGAGCUCCACGUCCUCCUCUACCAAGUCUGCCAUUCAGGGAUUUGUCAAUGGCCGGAUCACAGACCUCCUCAGGGAAAGGUCCUCCAGCCCCUCCGUAUCCGGACCAGAUCAACUGUCCCCUCUUCCCUCCCCUUACAGCCAGAUGACUGCUCCUCGUACACCGGACCACCUAAGCGGGCACGCGAGUGACACCACUAGCGUGUUGAGUGGAGAUUUACCACCAGCCAUGGGGAAGACAUCCCUGCAUUUUUCUAACCGGAGCAGUCUGGUUAGCAGUGGGUAUGACAGCUUGGUUAGAGAGAGCGAAGCCACAGGCAGCAGCACUUCAAACAGAGAUUCCGUCAGCGACCGGAGUGGAUCUCUGCUCAAUGCGACCCGCAGCAGCCGGUCAUCACGAAGGAGAGGAAACACAGGUACCCACCAGCGCCGUCUGUCCCACGACACCUCCCAGUCCACCAAGCGGUCAGCUAGCGGUCUGCGCUCUCGCUGGACGGAGCGGGACAUUCCCGAGGCGUACGACAUCAAGGUUUAUGAGAUCGACAAUGUGCAAAGGAUGCAGAAACGAGCAGGUGCUGAUAAACAGGGCCUUGGAUGCUUCAGCGCCAAGCUGAGGUUUUUGGAGCAUCGUCAGCAGAGGAUCUCAGAUGUCCGGGCCAAAUACAGCCGACUGAGGAAAGAGCUGGAGCACGUCAAACACAACCUCAUGCUGGAGCCCGCUAAGUGGAACCAAGAGUUCGACCUCUGGCAGACGUUUGAAGUGGACUCCCUGGAGCACCUGGAGGCCCUCGAGGAGGUCACAGCUCGGAUGGAGAACAGGGUGAACCUCUGCAAGGCGAACAUUAUGAUGGUCACCUGCUUUGAUGCGUCCACCAGGAGGUGGCGCAAGAAGCGGCGGCGAAAAGCGAGACAGCAGAAAACCUCGAAAUGAUUCUAAACUGAGAGAAAUGGACUCAUUUUUUUAUUUUUGCCUUUUUAAACCACCUUCACCUGCUUUGGUGUGACUGAGAUUACUGUUUUCAAGUAUGUCUGAUGGUUUUAGAUAAUUGAAAUGCAACAUGACACAACCCGAUAGAGAAGGAAAUUGCUUGUCACUAGACGAGUAGUGCCUUCAGAAGAAUACAAGCACUUAUUGUGAACAUUUUCACAUUUUAAUGAUAAAUUUGGACCAUUGUUUUUCCAGGGUGAAACAAUUAUAGAACAGACAACUUCAAUGAUUUUUCAAAAACAAGAAUUAUGUGGACAGGGUUUACUUUUUUCUAAUAAAUUAUCUGUAACCCACAGUUUAAAUUUCCACUAACAGUCUCAAAAACACCCACUACCAGUCUAAAGUUAAGACACAGCUUUGUCAUUCAAUGGAUUUUCCUAAUUUCCUUAUUUUUUUUUAUAACUUUCUAAAUUUUAGAUGCAUAGUGAGGACAUCAACACUAGGAAACAAAAGAAUAUAGAAUUAUGCAGCAAACAAAAAAUGGGAAAACAACUCUUUGUUUGCUACAUAAUUCUAUAAGUCUUUGAUUCAUAGUUUUGAUGUCCUCAACAAGUCUACAAGGUCCUGGCGUAAUGCUGGUCGGCUGUCUGACCAUUGUCCUCAUCAGAAAUGGUAGCACUUAUUUCAUUGGUUGGUUUACUCACUUGUGCCACCCUCUCAGAUCAUGAUGAUGUUAGACUUGCACCGUGGGCGUUGACUUUCUGUUUAUAAUCAGCCCUGCAUUUAUCCCACCCGAAAAUCUUUCUAGAGCCGUAAAACCUACCGGAAAUGUAUGCAGCGAGUUUAAAGGUUUGGUCUGUGCCAGGGAACCAGUUUUAAUGAACUGCACACAUUGUAACAAACAGUGAUGAACCAUUCAUCUAGAAAUGUACUGGGAUUUUCUCAAUAGCUCUAAAACGCCUGUGGCUCAGCUGCGUUUUAGGAAAGGGCUAUUUACCUGAAUAUUACAGGGUCUGCAUGUAUAUUUUGAGCUCAUUCGUUACGUUUUGAAUUUUGUAAAAUAAUAUGGACCUGAAUAAAGUCAAGCUAUUUCUCUUUUUUUUAA